AUGGACGAGGCGAUAGCCACGGUUGUGACAGUCACUGGGAGUACCCCAGAACUGGCGGCACAAUAUGUGCAGCUCGCUGAUGGUGAUCCUAACCAAGCGGUGCAGUUAUAUUUCGAAAACGGGGGCGCAGAUCUCGCUGGUUCUUCUUCAUCACACCCUCCGCGACCAACGGCUUCCCGUCCAACUGGCGGUGAACAUGAUCCUAUCGAUCUGGACGCCGACGAACAUAUUUCAGACGACAAUGACCCGGAGGUUACCGGUUAUCGAAAAGCCCAACAGACGAAUGCCUCAUCGCUUCCAGCUGGACCAUCCGAUUUUGAAGAUGACGAAGCAAUGGCCAGGCGAUUGCAAGAGGAGAUCUACGGAGAGGGUGGUCUUGAGGAACAGAUUCGUGCACCAAUCGCAAGACAAGCAGAGACAUUGGUCGGCCCUGAAGCAAACACUCUUCCCCUAUCUAGUGCUGAAUAUAAUGCGGCGGUGGAAGCACGUAUGCGGGCGUUUGAAAGAAGGAGAGUUCAACCACGUGCCGGGAUAUUCAACCAGCAUCUCCCACCGUCAAGUAUCUGGGACCGAGACAUCAACGUCGAGGAGGAUGGUCGUAAUGUGCUUGCACAGUCGACGGGUGGGGCUUCCGAGGCAUCAUCAAGAGCGACUCGACUUGCACGACUAUUUCAGCCACCAUGGGAUCUGAUGUACAAGGGCGAAUGGGAAGAUGCCAGAGACGAAGGAAAAGAACAGAAAAAAUGGAUAUUGGUCGACAUUCAAGACCCUUCUAUCUUCGACUGUCAAGCACUGAAUCGAGAUUUGUGGAAGAACGAGGGUAUCGUGGACACAAUCAAGGAGAACUUCAUCUUCUUUCAAUACAACAGAGACGACCCAAGAGCAGCACAGUACGUCCAAUACUACUUUCCGACUUAUGAAGAUUCAAACGAAUACCCACACGUUGCUAUCGUCGAUCCCAGGACAGGUGAACAAAUCAAGCUGUGGGCACGAAAGGUUCCGUCGGCUCCUGAAUUCCUGAUGCAGCUACACGAAUUCUUGGACAGAUACAGUCUGGAGAGUAACGCACGCAACCCCGUUGCAAAACGAAGGUCCGAGGCCAAGCAAGAGAAAUCCAUCGAUCAACUAACCGAGGAAGAAAUGCUUGAACGAGCGUUGCAGGCCAGUCUUGCGUCACAAACUCAACAAUUGGAAUCACCCCCACGGCCAGCAGAAGAUCCAGAUGAGCUCACACGGAGUAUCAGUGAUUUACGGUCAGCAGAGGCGAUGGAUGUCGAUGAGGACGGCCAAGUGGCCGGCGACGCAAGUGGUUUUUCACAGAUCCCCUCAGAUCGGCCUCAUAUCGAACCUGCAGCUGGACCAGGGAUUACGCGAGUGCAGAUCCGGCACCCGGGUGGUAGGAUUGUUCGCCGAUUCGCCGAAGAUGAUCCUGUGCAACGAAUCUAUGAGUACUUGAAAGCGGAACCCCUGGAAGGCAAGGCAGGGGUCGAUUUCGAAUUGGUUUCCAUGGGUAAGAAUCUCAUUGAUUCGCGAGAGCAAACGGUCGCGGAUACCGGCCUAAAGAAUGGAACGGUCAUGGUGGAGUUUAACGAGGGAUGA